AUGUGGUCGUCCUCGGGAAGCGGCAAGAAGCCAGCUCAGUCGCCGCAGGAAAUGGUCCAGGUCGACCGUUCCGAGUCCGCCUCGCCUUUCUGGAAGCCGCCUGCGCGGGAAAAUGCGCCCAAGAGAGGCGUCACCCCUACCUCGAGCCGCGAUCCGAAUCUCGUCGUCGGCGCCGCCUACUCGCACGCCGAUAUCCUCAAGUUCGACACAUUAAACCUCUCUAGCUCCUCUGCUCGCCCCAAGACGCCGCCCCAAUCGUCCUCUGCCAAGGUUCGCGUCCAUGAAGCCACGCCUCCGUCGCGGACUUCAGCCGGCCAUGGCUCCCCUCCUUUCAAGAGCUACAUCAACUUCCUGUCAAACACAAACGACGACUGGAAAGCCGACGAAGACGAGAUGCUGGGCUACGAUGACGACGACGGCGACGACUUCGGCCUCCCCAGCCUCUCUAACAUGAAGCGGCGGUCGAGGCGGAUGGCUUCGCAGAGCAAGACUGACCCCAGUGCCCUGUCCCCCGCCCUCGACGGCUCCUUUGGUAUGGCGGCUAGGCGCCAGUCCAAUAGCGCCGACAUAGCGGUCGAGCGUCCGACACUUUCAUAUCCCAUACCGAAGAAGAGCGAAGGCAAGAUUCUCCGGCCGCAGUACAAGGAGAUCUUACGAGACCCUGCCAGUGCCCUACACCUCAUCAGCUACCCCUCCGUCCCGAGCAACGCCUCCCCAAAAGAGGCAGACGCCAUUAACUCGAGAAUCACCAGGAUAAAUAAAUUCAAGAAGCUGCUGCAGGCGUCCACAAUAUCGCUCGCGGACCUCCGGGCCCUGGCCUGGUCGGGGGUGCCGGAAGAGGUGCGCGCAAUGACGUGGCAGCUUCUCCUGAGCUACUUGCCCACCAACAGCGAGAGAAGAGAUGCCACGCUCCAGCGCAAGCGCAAGGAAUACGUGGACGGGGUGCGGCAGGCGUUUGAGCGAACCGGCACCAAUGCCGUCGCGCCCGGCAAGGCAAGGGGCUUGGACGAGGCCCUCUGGCAUCAGAUCAGCAUCGACAUCCCUCGGACGAACCCGCACAUUGAGCUCUACAGCUACGAAGCAACGCAGCGGUCGCUAGAGCGCAUCCUGUACGUCUGGGCGGUCAGGCAUCCGGCCAGCGGCUACGUGCAGGGCAUCAACGACCUGGUGACGCCCUUUUGGCAGGUCUUUCUGGGGCUCUACAUUGGCGACCACAACAUCGAGACGGGCAUGGACCCCGGGCAGCUCCCAAAGACGGUGCUGGACGCGGUCGAGGCCGACUCGUUCUGGUGUCUGACGAAGCUGCUGGACGGCAUCCAGGACCACUACAUUGUAGCCCAGCCGGGCAUCCAGCGCCAGGUCAGCGCCCUGCGCGACCUGACGGCCCGCAUCGACUCGGGCCUGUCCAAGCACCUAGAGCACGAGGGCGUCGAGUUCAUUCAGUUUAGUUUUCGGUGGAUGAACUGCCUCUUGAUGCGCGAAAUCAGUGUCAAGAACACGAUUCGCAUGUGGGAUACCUAUCUCGCCGAAGAGCAGGGCUUUUCCGAGUUCCAUCUCUACGUCUGCGCCGCGCUGCUCGUCAAGUGGUCCGACAAGCUCGUCAAGAUGGACUUCCAGGAAAUCAUGAUGUUCCUCCAGAGCCUGCCCACCAAGAACUGGACGGAAAAGGACAUUGAGCUGCUUCUCAGCGAGGCCUUUAUCUGGCAGAGCCUGUACAAGGGGUCCGCCGCCCAUCUCAAAGGCCAGCCCAGCCGGCCCGCCCUGACGAACCUGCAGCUGUGA